UUCUUAUGCUUGUGAACAAUUUUUACUCAUAAAAUUCUCUCACAAACAUGAUAACAUGUUAGUUUCGCUUCAGUUAACGAUAUAUAUGAACAGGAUAUUUACCUUGACAAUUUUUAUGUUAAUAAUCAUUAUCCAAGAAACAGUACCGAUUUCGGUGAACAAAAGCAGUUAUGUGAAAGUCUCAUUAUGUAAUAUUACCAGGAUAAAUAAUAAUUUGAACAAAUCAGAAAAAGUUAACAUUCGUGUCAGACGCCAAGUUGACCCUUCCAUCCCAAUAGUAACUUCAAAUAAUUUGAUAUAUUCGGCUGAACUGCGAAUUAUUGCUAGUGCAGUAUGCAAGUCACAGUGUUUGCAAAGAUGUUCGGAGAAAUUAAUUAAGGACUCUACUACAGACAAUAUGAUUGAAGAGAUCGUGAAAACGUUGACGAUAUUUCCUACUCAGCUUCGAGAUAAAUGCAGUCAACUGUCCCCUGGAUUUUUGUAUUAUGAUGAAUGUGAACAAGCCUGCGAUUCUGAUCGUUUUUAUAGUGACUGUAUUAAAAUGUGCGAGUCUGGCGAUUCACCUGGUGGUUGGUCGUGUCUUACUGGCUGUCGAGCUUUGGAUGCAGCUUUGAAGAAGCGUUCUGGUGAUUGUCCUGAACAAAUCGGACUGGCUAUUCAUCGUAUUCCGGAUUUAAUUUCUGACAAGCAGGGAGGUGAAGCCUUUCCUUCACAACAGCCUUCUCUUUUCCCGGGAAAAAGUAUUUCAUUGGAUCAAAGUAACAUGGAUUUGAGAUCUAAAUUAUCAGACAAUUCUUGGUAUGAACGUCAUGGUAGUAGUCUGAAUGAAAUAAGCAGCUGUACAGUUGACGCAGAGUGUCCACAAAAGCAAGACAAAUGUUGUCAGUCAAAGUGCAAGCCAGCGGUGAUGAACAAAGCUAUUCUGCCACCGAUCCCCACCGUACGUAUCUUAGAAGAAAAACAUCCUCCAUCGUUUUUCGUUUCAUGGGAUAGUGGCGAAAAUGCGGCGAACAGCUCCAGUUCUCCAGUGGUUUACGUUUUACAAGUCAAAUCUUAUUUUGGUCCAGAGUUCGAUAAUCGAAUGUCCAGUCCUUGGAAAACACUAGUGAUGUCAACUUUGAAAGGCGCUCAGUUAAGUGAUCCAGCUGUUGGUUGGUGGUACCAGUUCCAGGUAGCAGCAGUCAACCAGUGGGGUUCACUUGGUUUUGAUGUCCCUUCCCCUCCUGUUCAGCUGACAACAUUGCAACCUAGUCCUCCAUCACCUCCAAGAGAUUUAAGUGAUGAACUUCUAACAUUACAAGCUAAUGGGAAAAUAAAACUGCAGAUACAUUGGAGUAGUCCAGCAAAAACAAUAUUGCCAGUUACAGAAUACAGAGUUUCGUGGGGUCCUGAUUUGGCAAAUAUAGGAAAUAAUCAUGAAUUCACUGAGAAACCCACUCAAUUUGUACAUACUCUUCCAUCCUCUCAGACAAGUUAUCAACUGACAAAUCUCUAUCCAGGAUUACUUUACCGGAUCCAGGUGAUAGCGAUGAGUGAAUGGGGUUCAACACAGCUUAGAUCACAGCCAAACACUUUGUUCAUUCAUACUCCGUCUGUGGACUCAAUUCAGGAUGAAGGAGAUGUUGCUUUAAAUACCUAUCUUAAGAAUUUUGAUUCGAAUACUCCUCAAUAUCAAAAGGGCAUGAAAUAUUCGAAUGCUUUCAGCGGGAUCUCUGCAAAAGAAAACUCUGGUUAUAUUUCAAGUAAGCAUUAUGUUAUAUUUGUAGCUAGGUGUUUAUUUUUUGAUGAUAGGUAAAAUCAUAUCACGCAAUUUCCACUGCUGAAGUAGCAAUUACAUGAAAUGUUUUAAUUUCAGACUUCUUAGUCUUCAAAAUGAAGUUGUGGAAAAAACCGUUUGACGAGGAAUCCGAUAAUUACUACGGAUUUUUGUAGUUUUCGAGAUAACUUUGUUUUCAAUAUAUGGAUAUGAGUUGACUAGAUUUUUUGAAAAAAUGAGUUAAAGUUAAUUUGACUGUCUUUUUUGUGUUCAGUACGAACUAAUCUUACCUUAUGCAUGCUCUCCGUUAUACUGAAAUUGGUUACCUUCAUUCUUACUCUUCUUGUUUCAAAAUAACUGGCGAUGCGCUUUCGCCAGAUUUCACCUAAGUAUUAUGGCCGGCACCCUGAAGUAUCUAAUGGCCUCCUCCAUAUUUUUCUGAAUUGACCGACGGGAAGAGUGUCUGAUUUCGACAGAAUACAAUUAUAACUACUGUUAGACUGGUAGAAUGUUUAAUAAAUGUUUAAAUUAUACCUCUUCAGAUGAAAGUUGCGUUUACUUACCAAUGUAAAAUAGAACUUCAGCACAUUGAUGGUAAAUCAACAUAAGAGCCAUUCUCGUUACAUUUGCUCUUCAAAAUCAAGUGUAAUGUAUUUAUAAUAUACCUGAAAUUAAUUCUUUAUUUGUAUCAGAAUUAGUAUGUGGGAUUUUAACCGACGAAAAUAAUUUCCUUAAUUUCUAAACUUGGCAAUGAAAUUUUUUGUAGGACUCAGUAUAAAAAUGAAUAAUUCACUUUUUUCUAGAUUCGGGCCAGCAGGAAGCAGCAUUCGUUUGCAAUGGAACUAGUAAGAGUUUGGUUUUCAAAGGUCCAUUUUCACAAGAAUCACUAGGACCUUUAAGUUCUGUGACGACUGAGUUAUCAAUUAAAACAGAUACCGCUGUUUUCGAUGGACGUGACCUAACGGCUGAACUUUCAAUAUUUGAAAAUGAAGUCUUACGUGGUCCUACGAUGGAAUUGCAUCAACAGUCAGUGAGUCCUCGCCCAAUUCUUGUCCGAUGGACACCUCAAGUUUGCAUCGAAACUGUUAUUGUGACAGGUAGUAACUUGGAUGAGGCAAAUUCUUUUCAGUCGGAAACAUUAAUUGCCAAUAACCUUGAACAGUUCACCAAACCAUCGUACAUACACGUAGAAAAAGAAAAUGGACGUAAAGAAUCCCUUAGAUCAAGUGAAAAAUAUGUUCUACUGAAUCCCGUCAAACAAGGAGUUGAUAAUUAUGCAGAUGAUUCAAAGCAAACGAGAUCAAUCUUAAGACAUGCAACACUUAAGUUAACAAAUUUAUACUUCAACUGCAGAUAUUUAGUAGAACUGUUAUCUGAUAAAGAAGAUCAAUCCAAACGACCUGAUCAAAUCUUUCAGUCAGCUUACACAUCAAAGUAUAAUGUAGAAUUGUCGGCUUGGUUGUGCACACCGUCUUGUUCUACAGUGAAAUUAGCUUCAUGGAUUAAAAAGCCAAACUGUCCUGGCACAACACAAGGUUGGUUUAAUCUUAUCACCGUUUAUCUCUUACUUAGUUGUUUGAUGGUUAAUAAGGUAAAGUGAGUAAAGCAUAUGAGUAAAGAUUUGCUCAAGAACAAACAUCAUAUUAAAAGAGCAGUGGAAAUCAGGGAAAAGUGCAUUCCCCCUUAAACAGAAGUUAGUAAGGGCAUAUAUAAAAUCUGAGAAUGUAAAUGAGAGUUGAAUACAGUACUUUGAAGAAAAAAACCAGCAAAUCAAAUGAUUUAUACAUGUUAAUUUACUCAUGUGGAAAAGCUCCUAAAUAUAACUUUCGACCCAUCGUUGCAACUGGAGUAGAAUCACACACUUCAUGUCUGUAAUUGGAUUAUUAUUUCUCAAAUGACUUUUUCUAUUGUUAACUGCAUCUAUUUUUUUGAAA